AUGAGUAAUAAAAAUGAUAGUCCAAAUAACAGAAAAGCUACGCCGCCAACUAAAGGCAAGAUCCGUAAUCCUUUCGAUAAAGUGUUAAUUGAGAAAUUGCAUAAACCCAUAUGCAGUCCAGGUAUGUGUAAAAUUUACAAAAAAAAGAACAGAGGUUCUUUUCGAUGGGAUAUAGAUCAAGCCUGUGUUUUGGUGCCAGCGGAUAUUGUUGCUUGCAAUAGUCAGUUCGAACCGUCACCCGAUGUAGCACUGGAAAAGAUCGCUGAGGAGGCUAACGAAAAAUUUUUUUCCCAAGAAAUGGUCAUGCCAAGCCCUAUGGAGACAUCUAAGAAAGUGAUACCUCUUCAAACAUCCCUUGAGACAAGCAUCCAAAUCAACACUUCAAUAAAGGAAUCCAUAGUUACUAGAGAUGUUUCAGCUCAAACCAUACUUACAUUACCACCUAAACUGCCACCAGAAUUAGAAAAUUUAUUGAAAACAUAUUACACAUAUACUCAGGAUCAAAGUCAGAAUAUAUUUGAUGAGUAUGAGGUGACAGCAAAUGGUUCUUUAAGAAGGAAGUUGUUUUUCGAGGAGCGUGAUAUAGAAAAUAGUGAUCAUUAUGAUUCCGAGCAAACUGAUGACGAGAUUCAUGUAGAGGCUCGUCCUUCAUCCAGCUAUGAAGCUCACACACCGGUCACAAUUAGCCCAAAUUUAAGUUGUAACCAAGCAUUGAAAGGGAUGAAGAGGACAUUCGGCACGCCUCUAUGUAAGGGUCAGAACAAACCGUCUUACCGCAACAAGAUAUUGGAUGUUGUGGAUUUCUGUUUAAGUCCCAUAGAAUUCCGUACUCCAAAGCGUUGUGUAACGACGUCCUCACUGGCAUCUGUAUCACCCAUACCGAAGACUCUUUCGAGUGAUGACGAGAAGAACAAUUUCACGUCACCCGAAUCAGAAGCUAUGGCGACUUGUCUCAGCUGUAUUGAAUCUGAAACGGAAAUCGAUAGGAAGUCGAAUUGUUUCUGUAUAACUCCAACAAAGAUAAUACUCAAACGAAGCACCUCAUUGAAAGACUCGCCUCAUAGGAAUAGAAAGGGUUCCUUAUCAGAGAAACGAAGUCUUAGUAUGUCAAGUCUGAAUAGAAGUCGCUCGGUGCAAAAACUAGACUUCAGUAUGGACAUGAGUAUCGAUGGUUCCGUACAUGAUAAAUCUCAAGAGAGUUCACCAAAGACUAAAGCGUCAUGGUCUAUAGUAGAAGAUUCAAACUUUAAUUAUACCAAGGCAACACAUAAGGAGUCACACGAAGUACAGUCUUCCACUAAGUUAUUUAGCGUUAAUUUGUUAGAUGAUACUCCCAUAAAGGGUAAACAUAAGACUAGUGUUCUAACACACGAAAUUAGCAAAAUACGGGGACAAGUAAUGCUCAGUCCCUUGCAUAUGUCUCUAGAUAAUAGUUUAGAUAAUUUCGACAUUCCGCUCAGUAUGGAGGAAAAGAAAAUCGAUUUCAACACGGUCGAUCUGAAGCUUCUUACUGAAAAUUCACAAUUCGAUAGUAAUAGAACAGAGAGUUCAAUAUUCAAGAGAGUCGAUAGUGGAUUCAAUGAAAACACGUUUUAUACUAACGCUUCCAGUUACUAUGAAAGUGCCAUAAAGCCUUCAGAAUUGACGAUCACCAAACAAAAUCAGGUUUUAAAGGAAAUAUCUAAUGUUAAUUGGAUGAGGGUAGACAGUGGUUUCAAUGACACAGAUAGUAUGCAGUUAUAUGAUACUAAGAAGAAUUCACGUUACCACGCAGCGAGAUUACAGGAAAAGGAGAAUGUUGAUGAAUUCGAUCGUUUAAACAAAAACGACCCGAUGUCUAUGUCAGAUUUCAUAACAGAAGAUAUAACUUUCAAUUGUAAUUUUUCCUCAACACCGUCAAAAACAAAGAGCCGUAAAGUCAAUUCGUAG